AUGCUCCACACAGCCCUCAAAGGUACCAAAACACUCUUCUCUUUGCUGAGUGUCACAUCUUACAGCUCCUUUGCCUUCCACAAAGUGUCAGUCACCAUUUAUAACAUUUCUAACGUGAAAAAUGUUGACCCUGGCAAGUUCCCUAUGCAUUACUGCUACUGUUUGAACAAUGUGACAAAUGACUUGACAGAUUUUACAGCUUUACUUGUUGAUAUUAUUGGAAACUCCACCAGCUAUCUCACAGAAAUUUUCAAAUCCAGUUCUAUUCUCUCAGUGCAUCAGAGCAAUGAUUCUGAUUGUAUCUACAUCUGUGUGAUGACAGGACAGACAGGGCGAAAUCUGUCUGACUUUUGGGAAAUGCUGGAAACGUCUCCUGUUGUUAAUUACACGUUUUCCAGCAACACAUCAUCUGACCUGGAUCUAGAUUCAAUUCUUUCAAGCGUCGUGAAAUUGCAGGAAGACUCAAACAAAACUCUGGAUGCAUCAACAGAACAUGUGUGGACUUCAAAAACUACCAGGAUCCCUCUUGUCCAGAAAGGGGAGGAAAUCCCCACCACGAGGUUCUCAGCAUGGCCAAAGACUGUUGGAGCAAAAGGAUCGGGGUUCCUAUCACCACACGUGGAUGAUUCCAGACCACGAGGCACAGCCGUACCCCCUCCAACUGCUGGGAGGAGCUUAGCCCUGUCACCAGCCCUGCAGCACAGCACCACUGCCAUGGACACAUUUUGGAUGCAGACAAUGUCUCCUCAAGAAACCAGCAAAGUGAUGCAAACAGAGCCAGAUUUGUCUUCCUCAGUACUUCCUUUGCUGCCAUACAAGCCUGGUGUGUCACUGAAACUUUAUUCAGCUACCCGGUGUCCACAGGCGAUCCUCAAAGAGUCCCGUGCGACCUCACCUCCUGUCACUCUUACAGUUCAAAAGAUCAAUCCCUGUGUGAUGGAGCUGUGUAGGUUUUUUCAGCUGUGCCUCUGUGUUGGUCAGAGAAGAUAUUCCAGGAAGGAAUCCAUGAGGUACUGUGUUGAAUACUAUUCCUGGUUCUUGAAAAAUGCAAGUUAUGUCUGUGAAAGAGUCAAAAGAGUUGCUUACUCUUACAGUAAGUAG